CUAGUCUAUUACAGUAUUGACACAGACACAACUACUGCUCUGGUCGGAGCUCCGUCUCUCUGUCUCUGUCUCUGUCCCUUCCGUCCAGUUGGACCUCGACCUCAGCAGCGCUGGCAGUGACAUGUAACCGGACCUGGGCUCGACAUGAGCGGGCCUGAGCUCAGUGAAGACCCGGACGGGUGUGAGAAGCUCGGGCCGUGUGUGAGCAGCCUGAGGCGGGAAGCCCUGCAGGCCGGCGAGCUAUCCGCGGUCCGGACCUUCUCCGACGGCUUCCUCAUCAAGUUCCUGCGGGCCAGAGACUCGGACGUGGAGCUCUCUCUGAAGCUCUUACUGAACUACCUUCGGUGGCGGAGGGAGAGUCCUGAGAUCAGCUCCUGUCUAUCUCCAUCCUCAGUGCUCGGCCUCCUCAACACGUCAUACCACACUGUCCUCCCACAGCGGGACCACGCUGGCAGCAGGGUGCUCAUCUACCGGAUCGGGCAGUGGAACCCUAAAGAAUGGUCAGCCUUCCAGGUCUUCAGGGUCAGCCUGAUGACAUCAGAGAUCAUCUCCAUGGAGGCAGAGACGCAGAGGCGGGGUCUGAAGGUCAUAUUUGACCUACAGGGUUGGAGUUUAGGUCACGCCCUGCAAAUUAACCCCUCCCUCGCCAGAAAGAUAUCCUCUGUACUUUUAGACUCUUUUCCACUGAAAGUUCGAGGAAUCCAUCUGGUCAACGAGCCAAUGUUCUUUAGGCCUGUCUUCGCCAUGAUUCGUCCUUUUCUUCCAGAUAAGAUCAGACAGAGGAUUCACAUGCACGGUGCUGAUUUCCACAACACUUUAAGGAACUUCUUCUUACCACCUGUCCUGCCUCCAGAGUAUGGAGGGGAGGGAGCCGGCAUAGAAAAGGCAUGUCAGGACUGGACCAAUCAGCUGAUUCAAUCAGAGAAGCUCCUGCAACAGAUUGCCGCCCACCCAACAGGUGACAUCUCAGAGGAUGUGCAGACUGAACAGCUCUCGGAGGGAUGAUCCCACACACACGCAGACACACACACACACACACACACACACAGUCUUAACACAUUUGUGGAGCAUGAGUAUGAGCGCCCCCAUAAAAGAAACGCUGAAGGUAAUGUUUGUCCAGUCCAUGAUGCAAGUUAGCACCGCCACCUGGCAGCCAUGUCUGGGGUCCUUAACUGUGCAGGUUGUUGGCAGCAUGAGGGAAACUGUCUGUGAAGCUUUCAACACUGGACUGAUGUUUUCAUGCUGUUAGCCUGUAAGUUGACUGUUUCCCUCCUUAUGUUGCUCAUUGGAAUCUUUCGUCUGACUUUUGCACCUUCUAAGUGAAGGAGACAUGAAAAGUAGCUAUCAGUCUCCUGUCUGGGUGCUAAGUCCAGAGCUUGAGAUCAGCAAUAGGUGGAAACUGCAGUAAAAGAUAAACACUAUGCUUAAUAAUGAACACAACCUGUACACAAAGGAUAUGUAGACACAACAGGGGCCUUCAUGUUAAUUCAGCAAAUGAUCUUCAUGAAGUUCUUUCUUUCUUUGUGUAAAAACAUUCAGUGCAUUUACAUGACACUCAAGAAAACCAAAUUACUGGGUUAAGGCAGGAACACACCGGCCCAACCAUUAGCCGUCUGAAGCGUUUGGAGAGACUCGGACGAGGCCGGGAACAUUUCUGUUUGGUGUGUUCAGCUGCGUCAGAAGCUUUCGGAGCCACUCGGACGUUGUCGGCUCCGAUUCAGCAUGCGAAGUCUGAGGAGGAGGGCUGUCGGACAUCUGAGCCAUGGGAUUCUCUGAUUGGUUGUGUGCCAGCUGAAUGGCUGUUCUGACUGGCGGCGUGAUAGCAAAUCAGUGCGGUGUGUGGGAGGGCAGAAUACUGUGUGUGCUUUGUUUUUCUAUGCAAGCCGUUCCGUCAUUCCCCGUUUUCAUGCUUUGCAGUACCGGCAUGAGAAUAGUUGUUAUGUCCGCUCAGGACAUAGAUGACUUGUUGAAAUGGGUACAGCGCCACUUGCCGUACUAUGUUAUGAUAUGCUUUGGCCAGUACUUUGAUUUUCUCACUGGCAUGUAUACUCGGACAAUUGCAGUUGUCUGAUUGAGUAGCAUAGCUGAACUAUGGCUGUAAUCUGACUAAGCUGUGCAUGUAAACGCACUGACUGUUUAUUCACAUGCAGAGCAGGAAGUGAGAUCUGAUCACUGUGGUCACUCAGACACAGCUUUGAACUGACAGACUGAGCUGAUUGAUGUGAUCGAUCUCUCAGGAUGGAUGGUGACACGAGGUCUGAAUUGUCUUGAAAGGCAGGACCGUGUCUUCUACAAUAAUGUGCUGUAUGUCACUGAAUGAAUGACAUCAAGACGGCUGUUUUCAGGGAUCUCUCCAGAGUAGUUGUUGAUCAUCAAUAACCAGCAGCCAGCACUCCAGUGCACCUCAGAUAUGGAUCACCAGGAGGAGAUUUGUGUUGCAGCUGUAGGACACCAACCUUUGACUGUUUACCCUGCUUGAAACAAACGACCAUCCUACUGUGAUCCUGUGAAGAGUGGCUGUGAAAGAACAGUUACUCCAACACUGUGAUUUCAACAUAGACAUCAGAUGAACAGAUGAGCAGGAAGCCUGUUUGUUCAUGAUCAUUUGAACUACUGGCUUCUUUUUACAUUUUAACAGUUUAAAUGUUACAAUUUUAUACAAGAAACCUUUAACUGUGUUUGGACCAAUAUUGUACACAUAUCCUAUACACAUGAUUAUUUGAAUUGAUUGUUGUAAAACACUGAAUAUCAUUAUAUAAACAGAAAAUAUAUUUUAUUUAUGAAUUGUACCCUUUAUAAAAAGAGACAGAGUGUCUUUGGUUCUUGGGUCACACUGAACACAUAGAAGUAAUGAACUAUAUAACAUUACAUAGAAGAAGGCAAAGACAACAGAUCAAGUGAUGAUAUUCUCAUGUGGUAACACAUUUGUACAAUUUUUACUCAUUUGACCUGCACAACGUUUUGUUUUUUUUGGUUUUGUUUUUUAAACUGUGAACAACUUACAAUAUUUAACAGAGAUCAACUGUCAGUCAUUUGUCUGCUCAUGAGGAGAAAUGCAAUAAAAGGCUCAAAUGUUGUUAUUAAAGGGUGUCUGCACACUUUCAUGUGUGUUUCAGGUCAGUGCAUGGAGCGUCAGUGCUCAGCCAGAAACAACAGCUGAGUCACACAGUAACAGCACCAUCAAAGCAGCCAAUCAAUAACAAACUGAUCUUUUUCCUACUGAACUACUGGUGAUUAGAUUAGAUUAAUUUUAGGAUCAUUAUGCACUAGAAGAUUUUACAAUGAAAGUUUUGUGUGUAAGAUAUACACACAACAAACUAUACAGAUGAAUGAAUAAACAAUAAUGAGGUCAUACAAACAAACAAACUAUUCAUGGUGGAGUGUUGAGGAUGAGUUCAGGAGUCUCUCUGCCUGCAGCGUGAAGCUACUCUGUGGUCUGGUGGUACAGCAGUAGGUACUUCUGUAUCUGUUGGCAGGUGGCAGCAGGGUGAACAGACUGUGGCCGGGUGCUGGACUGUGAUGAACCAUGCCACUUUGUGAUGUUUCCACUCAGGAUGUUUUCUAUUGCUCCUCUGUAAAAGCACAACUGUCCUAAAACAGUUUUACUUAUUUUUUAAUUUCAAAUCCCAGACUUUAUUUGUUCUGUUUUUUAAUUGUGGUAUUGUUACGAUUACUUCAGUUACUUCAGGUCUGGGUACAUCUUAAUACACUGAUAUUAAGCCAGUGACAUAAUAAAAACUCAGUACUUCAACUGCA